CGAAUGCCGGAAGUGCAGGUGCAUCAGCAUCACAAGAUCAUAACAAAAGUGGAGAAGGCUGGUUGCUGAAACUAGUCUGAAACGAUUUGAUUGAGGUUUUACUUGAGACAAGCUAACAGCUUCGAAAGCAUUUGUCAUUAUUUUGCUUGGUUCAUUACAAAUUUGCCAGCCUCAAGGCAACCUCGCAAUGGCUUUGAACAAGAAUCAUUCCGAAUCCGGAGGCGUCAUAAUCAACAACAGUGAAAGUGUGUUGAUGAGCUAUGAGAACGUGGAGUUGGUGUUCUGUGAAGCAGAGUGUCUGCCUGAAGCCUUCAGGAAAAGUAAGAAGGGAAGCAUAUUUCUGACUCCCUACAGGGUGAUAUUUGUGGCCAAGGCGGGUCGUGACGCUCUGCAAUCCUUCAUGAUGCCUUUCUACCUGAUAAAAGGCUGCGAGGUCAAACAGCCUGUCCUGGGGGCCAACUACAUCAAAGGCACUGUCAGUGCUGAGCCCGGAGGAGGCUGGGAGGGGUCUGCCACCUUUAAGCUGGUAUUUGCUGCUGGAGGAGCCAUAGAGUUUGGGCAGUACAUGUUACAGGUGGCUUCACAAGCUUCCAGAGGGCAGCCUGUGAGCAGUGGCUUUGGAGGCUGUCCUUACAUGGCCAAUGGGGCUUAUGCAUACCCUCCUCCCCCAGCCAAUGGGUACCCUGCCGGACCCCCACCUGGAUACUCCUACCCCAACCCCACUCCACCAGGCGCGUUCUAUCCCAAUCCACCAGCAUUUGAUGGUCCUGCAGCCUACAUGCCCCCUCCUCCUUAUUCCGCCCCCCUCGGGCAGCAGGCCCCCCACCACCCUGACCUGCCUUCCACACCCGCAGCUGAGGCCAAAGCAGCAGAGGCAGCGGCCAGUGCCAGUUCUGCCACCCUCCCUCCCACUUACCUACCACAGGACAAACCUCCCCCCUACUCACCUACUGAGGACAAGAAGACCCAGUAGGGCACCACUCACACCUCAACUUUAUGCGGCCUGUACCCCUCAAUACUCUAUAUUCCUGUCUCUCUUCCACCAGUCCUUUCCCCUCCUCUUCCCAACCUCUGGCCAGUCUCUUAACUCACGUUCCUCUUAAUGAAACUUGCUGUAAGUAGCUACCUACGUAACCCCUCCUUCUGUUUGGCAGAACAUUUUGCAGCUGAAAACGUUUUGUUUGGCUAAAUGAAUACAAUCCUUUCACUAAACAGUUCUCUCAUACACACCUGGGUUUAACUUAACAGUGUUACUUACAUCUAUUUUGGAGUGGUCGAUGAUAUGAUUGUAGCAUGUUUGGCCCAGAGCUGACAGGCAACUUGAAUAUUGGGUGAUGGGUGAGUAGUAGUAUAAGUUUUUUGUUUUCUGAACUAGCAAACACGUAUAUUUUCUUGGCUAAAGCAGUCACCAAAUUCUGUACAUCGGGGAUUUCCAACCUAGGGGGAUCUUUCAUGAUUUUGGGGGGGGGGGGGGGGGGGUUGUCUAUAUUUUAUACAGAUCUAUAACAACAUAGAGGAAAGCACUCGGAUGUAGGCCCACAUGGGAAUAUUUUUGUUUUAUCUCUAAUAAAUCCAGAAGCAGAGCUUUGACCUUCUAAAAUCUAUCUGUGUGACUGACGCUAUCAGUUUAUCUUAUCUCAUUCUGUAAAAGAGAAUAUCUAGAAUUGAAUUGAGGUUUGAUAUAAAUGAGCAUGUACUGCCCAAACAUAUUAGAUAGGUUUGGGGAAAUUGUUUAUUAGUGUUAUUAUUAUUAUUGUUCUUAAAUAGCUUACCUAAAACAUCUGAUGAGAGCUGUUGAACUAUGUAGAAUUGCAGGAAAUGUUCUUUAAAACAAUAUUAUUCCUAGUUCCUUAAAAGUACACUAAGUCAAGCAGGUCAUGUAUUUAUGCUGACCUAUAUCAUAGGCUAACUCAACAACAUUUUGUAAAUGGGUUUGGAAACCCCUGCUGUAUGUGCAGCAUGCUCAAGGCUUAGCAGGGCACCUUGGUGUCAACUGGAUUCAUUUUAUAAUACUGGUGGUGACAGCCUUUGAAUUGGACUGAAGUAAUGUUUUUGCUAAUCUAUCCAGGGGCUAGCAAAAGGCUGUAUUGUUGAUGUGUUUUUUUAUUAUUAAUAUUUAUCUGUUCUGGCUUUCAAUGUGACAACUUUAAAUAUCAGAGGUUAGUAGUAGGUCAUUGGACUAGGUCUUUCUUGGAAAAUAUAUUUAAUUUCAAUGAGACGUACCUGAAUUAGCCUGAAUAAAAAAAUCUAGAAGUUUGUGAAGAUUGACACAUGGCACCUUAUAUUAAAAAUGACUUCCCUUUUAGGGAAUAUGGUGUAUUGUGAGACCAACCCUUUGUUAUAAUAGGGACAAUGUCUGAUAGAGGAGAAAACUAUAUUUAAUACUAUAGAAUCCCUAAUCCUAGUUGAAUGAACUACACAAAAAAGAUUAUUUAAGCUAUCUGCUUUUGUCUGCUAUUACUUUGUGUGAAUCGAGAGGAAUAGUUGAUGCGUCAUAAUUCCCAGAAAUCCUAGAGGCAAAAUCUGAAAGCGUCUCUUCACAUUUCCUCACUCAAAACUUUCCUUUUCAACUUUUUUGGAGAGGAAAGGGUGCAGUGGUCUCUUAAUCUUUUCCGGAGCUGUAUAAUAUACGCCUACAUGAAACACCGACCUUUUUGAAGUAGAGCUAAAAAUCCCCUAUAGAAGAAAUGAAUGGUGGAGUAACACAGAAACUCUUGAGGUUUUGAUGGCAGGUUUCAUGGGGAUUAUGAUUCAUACUAUUUCAGUCAAUGGAGCUGUUGGUCUAUGAUGUCAUUCCCUGUCUGUCACUGUACUGACCGUUCGAGAACCAGAACCAACCCAUCACCUUGCAGUUUUCCAGACUCACAACUGACUAGAUCACUAGUCACGUCUCUUGUAUAUGGCUUUCUAAUUUUCUUGUGAUGUGUACUUUACUGACAUGUUUGAUGUCAAUCUCUGAACCUGAUCUGAGCACCUUAAUAUUUGGGCCUUUCUCUCCAUCUCUCUGUGGCACAAGGCAGUUGGCUGAUUCUUUGCACUUUCAGAAUGCUAUGCAUCGGGCUCCCCUUUGCUCCUUUCAUGGCUGUGUGUGUAUAGUAAGCAAGUAAAAUAUGGCUAUACAUUUAUUUGAAACUCCCACUAAUUUAUUCAGUAUUUUAUUUGAAUUGGUCAAAUAGAUAUUAUUGGCAAAACAAAAGCAAAGCAUGGUCUUAAUUGUAAGUAAUAUGCAUUGGAUUGGGUUUUAUUAAACUUAACUUGUGUGAAAUGAA